AAUAGUGUAUCAGAAAUAGCCAGAGAGAUUGUUCGAUGGGUUUUGUUCCACAUGAUAAAGGAAGUGUGAUAAAAAGCGUGGGCUUCUGAUUGAAUAAAUUGAUUGAUGAUAAAAGUUUAUUAGUGGCUUGACAUCGCCUAUCAGCAAGUGAGUGGCACAAUAACAUGGCUCCACCAGGUAUAGGAAGCUCUACAGCGUCGGAAAAUCAGAACGGAAAUGGUUAUACAAAAGACCAUAGGCAAAAAAACCUUGACAUUACAAUUUUGGAUGGUGGAUUUGCAACUCAAUUGAGUUGUCAUACAAACAAGCCAAUAGAUGGAGAUGUUCUGUGGAGUGCUAGGUUUUUGUCGACCGACAAAGAAGCUGUGAUAAAUGCUCAUCUCGAUUUUCUCAGAGCGGGAGCUGACAUCAUAAUGACAAACACAUAUCAAGCAAGCAUAGGGGGUUUCGUAGAACAUCUUAAAAUGUCAGAAAAAGAAAGCUACGAUUUGAUUGUCGAAUCAGUUCACCUAGCGAAAAUAGCUGUAGAGAGGUUUCAACAAGAAUUCAACACAAGCAAGAAGCCCUUGAUUGUGGGUUCAGUUGGUCCAUAUGGAGCAUCUUUGCAUGAUGGAUCUGAAUACACCGGGUCCUAUGCUGCCAAUACACCAGUGGAAACUAUGAAGCAAUGGCACUUACCAAGGAUUAGGGCGCUUCUUGAAGGUGGCGUCGAUCUUCUUGGAUUAGAAACCAUUCCUUGCAAAUCAGAGGCGGAGAUGUUGGUGAAGCUUCUGAAGACCGAAUGUCCACAGACCAAAGCUUGGCUAACAUUCAGUGUUAGACCAGAUGGAAAAUCCAUAGCUUUCGGUGAAAAUUUCCAGCACACUGCUAAAAGCUGUUAUGAUCUCAACAGAAAUCAAUUAGUGGCCGUCGGUAUAAAUUGUGUGGCGCCCAGAUUGGUGGAAACCUUUAUUUCCGGCAUUAACAGGGGAAGGGAGAGUGAUCCAGUGCCUCUGAUUGUGUACCCCAAUAGCGGAGAAAGCUAUAAAGUUGACUUGGGAUGGAUAGACAGAGACAAGUGUGAGCCUGUUGAAGUGUACGUCUCCAAAUGGUUGGAUUUAGGUGUUACUUGGGUUGGUGGUUGUUGUAGAACCUACGCUGUUGAUGUAACUAGAAUUCAUAAUGAAGUUCAAAGAUGGAAAAGUAAACAAAGGGAGAUCAACUGUUCUUCAACAGAUUGACCUCAAAUCAAGAAUGUAAUUAUAAAGAAAUUAUAAGUACAAAAAUCAUUCUCAAAUAAAAAAAAUGUGGAAAGAAACUAGUCAUAACACAGAAUUUAUUAUAUGUUGAAUGAUUGUAUAUUUUGAAAAUACAACUGUUAUUUACAGAGUU